AGUGCGCCGCCAGUGGUAGGGCAGGGACCCGACAAGGACUCUGCACAACCCAAUUUAGUGCGGUCGGUCGGAGAAGGGCCUAGGUCAUCUGUACCUGGGCAGUGCAAAGUGCCGGCCGGCGUUCGGCGUUGGCGAGCUGCUCUGAAGGUGCCAACCGCGGUGGGGGUCGAUCUCGUACCCGCCCCACCCAGGCUGCGGCCGCGCGGGGAGGAAGCGCGCAAAGGCCGAGUGCAAAAGUUUCCUUUUCUGCUUUCUCUUCAGAGCAGCUUCAACCAGCAGAGGGUGGAGAUGCCUGCCUUCAGUUGGAAGACAACCCGGGAACCAAAGGGGUUAAAAUAAGCGACUUCUCGGAAAAAACAAACAACAUUUAAAACAACAGCAACAACUCUCUAUACCGCUAGCCAUGGGCAGCCGAGAUCACCUGUUCAAAGUGCUGGUGGUGGGGGACGCCGCCGUGGGCAAGACGUCACUGGUCCAGCGCUACUCCCAGGACAGCUUCAGCAAGCACUACAAGUCCACCGUGGGAGUGGAUUUUGCUCUGAAGGUUCUCCAGUGGUCGGACUCAGAGAUGGUGCGGCUUCAGCUGUGGGAUAUUGCAGGGCAGGAGCGCUUCACCUCUAUGACGCGACUAUACUAUCGAGAUGCUUCUGCCUGCGUUAUUAUGUUUGACGUCACCAAUGCCACUACUUUCAGCAACAGCCAAAGAUGGAAACAGGAUCUAGACAGCAAGCUCACACUGCCCAAUGGGGAGCCAGUGCCCUGCCUGCUCUUGGCCAACAAGAGUGAUCUGUCCCCUUGGGCAGUGAGCCGGGACCAGAUUGACCGGUUCAGUAAAGAGAACGGGUUCACAGGUUGGACAGAAACAUCAGUGAAGGAGAACAAAAACAUUAAUGAGGCCAUGAGAGUCCUAGUUGAAAAGAUGAUGAACAAUUCCAGAGAAGAUACACUGUCUUUGUCCACCCAAGGGAACUACAUCGAUCUCCAAACCAAGCCCUCCUCUGGCUGGACAUGCUGCUAGUUCUGUUCGGCUCCUUUUGUAUCAGGUCUCCGAGUCUCCUAUCUCUUCCUGUCAGCUGCCCACUCGGCAUAAACACUCAGAAGUUCAGAAUAUUUGAGCUGUCUCUUGUCAACUGCCCAGAAAGGAGGCCCCACUGUGACUUGGGACUGGCCACCAGGGACCCAUGGGCAUUUCUGUUGUUCCUGGAUGUUGUCUGUGACUGAUUGG